AAACUAGGCAAACGGAACUGUGGAGGAAGUUAGAGGACACGGACACGUACACAACACAAGCAACACAAGAUGAGAGUAUUCUGCUCUGCCAUCGCAACGCUCAAAAUCUCAUAAAAAAAAGGCGGAUAUAAAUUCAUUUGGCGGGAGAUUUUAUUUUUCCAUUUCUGUUUCUGCAAAACUUCGGCAAUUGUUUCGCUCUUCCUAUCAAAUUUCACUCGCUUACUCUCCCCUUUCUCCCGCAAUUUUUUCAUUCUAACUUCAAUCUCUCUUUCUCUUCUCCUUUUACUCUAACUCAAACCCUAGAUCAUGGACGACGCACCCCAAGACCCCGAAACUUCCCGUGGCCGUCCGAAGAGGAGUAGAGCUCAACUUCAGAACUACGAAAGAGCGAGCGAUGCAAGUGACGAUGGCCCAAACCAGACGGAACGAGAGGCUUCUCCCGACGAUUUCGAUGAGGUCCGUCCUAAAGCUAAACGGAGUAAAGCUCCAGAAACACUAAAGUUUGACCAGAGCUUGAUUGAGGUUAUCAAAGGUAAUGGGAAACAAAUUCCUCAAGUGGUGAAGCUUUGGGUUGAGCAAUAUGAAAAGGAUCCAAAACCUGCAAUGGUUGAACUCUUGACCAUGCUGUUUGAGGCAUGUGGAGCUAAAUUUCAUAUCAAGGAAGAGUUGCUUGAUGAGACCGACGUUGAUGAUGUUGUGGUUGCUCUUGUCAAUCUCGCUAGAAAAGGAGAAGUUGAAGAUUAUCAAAGUACAAAGAGGAAAGAAUUCAAGAACUUCAAAGAAAACCUGGUCUCAUUUUGGGACAUUCUGGUGGUUGAAUGCCAGAAUGGACCUCUGUUUGAUAAGGUAUUGUUUGAUAAAUGCAUGGACUACAUAAUAGCAUUGUCAUGCACUCCUCCAAGAGUUUACCGUCAAAUUGCUUCCUUGAUGGGGCUUCAGCUGGUAAAAUCAUUCAUAUCAGUUGCUAAAACUCUUGGGGCACAGCGAGAGACUACUCAGAGACAGUUAAAUGCUGAAAAGAAGAAACGAACUGAGGGACCUCGUCUGGAGUCACUAAAUAAAAGAUUAUCUGUGACUCAUGAGAAAAUAGUUGUGUUAGAAGACAUGAUGCGCAAAAUAUUUACAGGGUUAUUUGUCCAUCGGUACAGAGAUAUUGAUCCUAACAUUCGAAUGUCAUGCAUAGAGUCACUUGGUGUGUGGAUUUUGUCAUAUCCAUCACUUUUCCUGCAGGAUUUAUACUUGAAGUACCUUGGAUGGACAUUGAAUGAUAAAAGUGCUGGUGUAAGAAAGGCAUCUAUCCUUGCAUUGCAAAAUCUUUAUGACAUGGACGAUAAUGUGCCCACUCUUGGUUUAUUCACUGAACGAUUUUCCAACCGUAUGAUUGAGCUUGCUGAUGACAUUGAUGUUUCUGUUGCUGUAAGCGCCAUUGGACUCGUAAAGCAAUUACUAAGGCAUCAGCUUCUACCUGAUGAUGACUUGGGUCCUUUGUAUGAUUUACUCAUUGAUGAUCCAGCAGACAUCAGACGUGCCAUAGGAGAGUUGGUUUAUGAUCACUUGAUUGCUCAGAAGUUUAAUGGCUCUCAAUCUGGCACUAGAGGCAAUGACAAUGGUUCUUCUGUGGUCCAUCUUAGCAGAAUGCUGCAAAUUCUAAGGGAGUUUUCGACUGACCCAAUCCUUAGUAUCUAUGUCAUAGAUGAUGUUUGGGAGUACAUGAAAGCAAUGAAGGAUUGGAAAUGCAUUAUUUCCAUUCUCUUGGAUGAGAAUCCACAGGUUGAGCUUACUGAUGAUGAUGCAACAAAUUUGGUUAGACUUCUUUUUGCAUCUGUCCGGAAGGCUGUAGGAGAGAGGAUAGUUCCAGCUUCUGAUAAUCGAAAGCAAUAUUAUAAUAAAGCUCAAAAAGAAAUAUUUGAAAACAAUAGAAGAGACAUAACAAUUGCCAUGAUGAAGAACUUCCCUCUCCUUUUACGUAAAUUCACCGCUGAUAAAGCAAAAGUGCCAUCACUGGUUGAGAUUAUUGUGCACAUGAACCUGGAGCUUUAUUCCCUAAAGAGACAAGAACAGAAUUUCAAAAAUGUUCUUCAGCUCAUAAAAGAAGCGUUUUUUAAACAUGGUGAGAAGGAGGCAUUGAGAUCUUGUGUAAAGGCUAUUACAUUUUGUUCCACUGAGAGUCAAGGAGAGCUUAAAGAUUUUGCCUGUAAUAAAUUAAAGAAUCUUGAAGAUGAGCUAAUUGCUAAACUUAAAUCUGCAUUGAAAGAAGCAGCGGAUGGUGAUGAAUACUCUCUUCUUGUGAAUUUGAAAAGGUUAUAUGAGCUUCAGUUAUCAAGGGCUGUACCUAUAGAGAGUUUGUAUGAUGAUAUUGUUAGAAUUCUCCACUAUUUCAGAAAUGUGGAUGAUGAGGUUGUCAGUUUUCUGCUUCUCAACAUGUAUUUGCAUGUUGCAUGGUCUCUGCAGUCAAUUGUGAACAGCGAAACUGUCUCUGAAGCACAGUUGUCCUCUCUACUUUCAAAACGCAAUGUCUUGUUUGAGGAACUUGAGUACUUUCUUAUUACCCCUUCCAAUGAAGAGAGAGUUAGUAAAUAUGCUAAUCAGCUAGCUUGCAGAGUCUGUAUUAUACUUGCAGAAGCAUGGUGUUUGUUCAGACAGACAAAUUUUUCUUCAACAAAGCUGGAAAGCUUAGGAUAUUGUCCCGAUACCUCUGUUCUUCAAAAAUUCUGGAGACUUUCUGAACAGCAGCUCAACAUUUCAGAUGAGACCGAAGAUGAAGACUCGAACAAAGAGUACAUUGAGGAGACAAAUAGAGAUGCGGUUGUGAUAGCUGCAGCAAAGUUGGUUGCUAGUGGUACAGUUUCCAAGGAAUAUCUUGCUCCUGAGAUCAUUUCUCAUUUUGUUAUGCAUGGAACUAGUAUAGCAGAGAUUGUAAAGCAUCUUAUCACAGUUAUAAAGAAAAAGGAUGAUGAUACUACCAAUAUCUUUCUAGAAGCAUUGAAAAGGGCUCAUCACCGGCAUUUGGAGGAACUUUCCAGAAGUGAUGAUGGAUCCGUAGGAAAAUCUUUUCAGGAGUGUAAGGACCUGGCUGCUCGACUCUCUGCAACAUUCAUGGGUGCUGCUCGGAACAAGCAUAGAGCAGACAUAUUAAAAAUUGUCAAGGAAGGUAUUGAAUAUGCUUUCAUUGAUUCUCCAAAACAGCUAUCUUUUCUGGAAGGUGCAGUGCUCCAUUUUGUAUCCAAACUUCCGACAUCUGACGUCCUGGAAAUUCUAAAAGAUGUCCAAAGUCGGACAGAGAAUGUAAAUACUGAUGAAGAUCCUAGUGGUUGGCGCCCCUAUCACACAUUCGUGGAUAACUUACGAGAAAAGUAUGCAAAGAAUGAUGGCUUUCCAGAUGAGAAAGAGGGGACCACUGUAAGACGCAGGGGUCGUCCAAGGAAGAGGCAAAACAUAGAAGGAAAGAGACUCUUUGAUGAGCAUAGUUCAAGUGAAGAGGAGGAUUCAAUUAGUGGUUCAGAUCAAGAUGUACAAGAAGAAGAGAAGCAAGACGAGGAGGAAGAGGAAGAGGCUCCUUUAAUACAUUCCUUUAGGUCAUCAUCCAAGUUGAGGUCAUUAAAGGUUUCAAGGGAUGAAAAUAGAAGUCGGGCAAAGACAGGUGUUUCAGCUUCCAGGACAUCAGGGGCAUCAAGCUAGUAAUUGGCUUUGCCUGAGGUAUGGUGUAUAUUUAAGGCUCAAAUCAAAAGUUGUGGGGAGGUUUUGACACAAAUGUACAUCUUCAAGUCCUUUCUCAAUGUGUUCCAUGGAUAGUGGUAGAACAUGUAUUUCUUGAAUUCAACAAAACAUAAUGUGGUGUAGGAUUACACAAUUUCUGUCGGUUACUGUAAAAUAUGCCUUCUAUGAAUGCUAAUAGUUGCCUGAACUGCUUCCAGAGCAUCAAGAGAAUACAUUCGCACUGGAUCAUACCGGACACUUAACACCACUGGAUCUCUUGUUUCAAAGAAAUCUUUUUUCUUACACUCGUUUGGAAA